AUGAGCGUGGUAAGAAAAGAUGUAUUGGUUGCUGGAGGCUACCCACGAGGUCGCUCAAAGAAUGUAGAAAUAUUUUUAUGGAAGGAAGAGAAAUGGUUUGAGAGUGCAAAGAUGAAAAUUGGACACUGGGCUGCUUCAUCAUUUGUUUACAAUGAUAAUUUAUUCGUUGUUGGAGGAUGUGAUUUUAAUUCAACUGAGAUACUAAAUCUUAACCGGCAUCCUCUGACAUGGCAGACAUUUCCUGAAGAGCUUCCUUUUAAAAUUUUCAGUCAUAAAACUGUUGUUUACAAAGAGCAAGUUCUGUACAUUGGAGGAUAUAAUGAAGAUAAACAAAAAACAUCUGAUAUGAUAAGUGAAUUGCAAAUUACAGGUACUCCAUUUCCCGUCUUGAAAGAGUUGUGUCAUAUGCCUGAACCACUGUUUGACCAUGGAGCUGAGGUCGUUGGUGAUAAGGUUCUUAUUUUUGGAGGAAAUGGAAAAGAUGAAAAAGCUUUAUCUAAUGUUUCGGAGUUUGAUCCAAGAACUCUGACAUUCAAGAAAAUGCCUCCAUUACCUCACCCACUGACAAGAAUGGCAACUGUUCGAUGGAGAGAUCAAGUUGUUCUUCUUGGAGGUGUUCAUUCUUGUAGCUCAAACAGUGUCAUUAUGUAUGACAGUAGCACGGGUAAGACAACUAUUUUGCCACCCAUGCUGGAAAAAAGAGAGAGGGGGUGUGCUGUUUUGACGGGAAAUGCAAUUGUUGUCAUUGGAGGAGACAAUGAUAAAGGUAAACAACUUAAAUCAGUGGAAUAUUUUGAAAUGGGGCGAAGUUCGUCAUGGUCAUAUCUUCCUUCAAUGAUUGAACCACGAUCUAGAGCCAUUGCCGAAAUGUUACCCUUAGGAAAUGUGUAUGUUUAG